CACUGUAACAGCACAUGCGAUGGCAACUGCACAACAAACCGAAUUCCAAAAGAAUUUUCGCCUGAUUGUUGAAAAGAUUUUCAACCACUGGCAGAAUCUGCGGCUAGCAGUGGAGCAUGGCAUGGGUGGACGCAAUGGCCAACAGGUGGCCAUUGAAAUCAUGGACUACACAUAUCAAUAUUGUGUAGGAAACGAUAACAUCACCCAGGGUGAACUGCAGGAGGUCCUGGAGGAACUAAUGGACCAGGAGUUCAACACGCUAUGCGACGAUAACUCGAUCCCUGAGAUCUGUCGUAAUCUGUUGCGCUACAAACAGCUGUCCCUGCAGAAUCAGUAUCCGCUGAUUGAGGCUGAGCUAAGCAAACUUCCCGCCGGAAAGGAGUGGCUGCGCCCGGAUGUAAAGAUCGCCUACACUCCCAUCGACGGAGACUCGUCAUCCGACGAGGAUAUGGAUGAUGAUGAUGAUGAGGAUACUGGAAUGGAGGAGGUCGACGAGGAGGCUCCCACAACAAGCGGCAGAGUGACCCGCUCACAAACGCGAAAACAAAAGGCUGAAGAUUUCGUGGAACCAGAAGAAGGCUGGACCACUGUGCGCAGAAAAUAAAUAUGGUGUAAAUAAGAAAUAAACCUUGUUACUUUUUUAGUUGUAA